CCAUCUCGAAGACAUCGUAGCAUGGUGGCAGGUGAACUUGUAUGUGUAUGCUUUAUCCCAAUUGGCGCAAAAGCGUAGGCAGAAAGUGGAUGCUACAUCUAUAAACUAUUGCGAGUGUUAGUUUAAUACAAAUGAACGGCUCCAAUGUGAUGCUAUUGAGCCAUACCAGUGCGGAAAGGAGAACAAAUUAUGGACUUUGUGUGGCGUAAAAGUUGAAUUUAUCAAUACCAUUUCAAGACAAGGACGCGGGAUAACAUUUCAAUAGCCUGCCUUGUAUAGAUUACGCACACACAUUUAUUAUUUAUUUUCUGAUCGUUAAAGUGCACCGGCAACAAGAAUCCCUCUCAUCCGGCAAGAUUUCGUCCAGAAGCAGACUGGAAGACCGUCCACUUCGGAGGUUGGCCGGUAGGACGCGGAUGAUCGCCACAGGUGUUUGUGGAGUAGUCAUGGUGCUAGUGUUGGUCAUCCUGAUUCCGGUGCUGGUCAACUCCGCCGGCAUAUCCGCGCGCUACGAAAUGCUCGGAUCCUGUCAGAUGGUGUGUGAUCCCCACGGGACCAAGUCCACGGCCACGGCCACGGACAAAGCCAAUACCAUCAGAGACAGCCGCUUGGUCCAGUCUCUACCAACCUUAAUCCAAGGUCCAAAAGGGGAGCCCGGACGCACAGGAAGAAUUGGCCCUAGGGGUCCUCUUGGCGAGCCAGGACCACCCGGACCCGCCGGCCCGCCUGGGGAGAGAGGAGGGCCCGGUCCGCCAGGACUACCCGGAACGCCCGGAGCCACAGGUGCCAUAAGCGCAGCCACAUACAACACGUUUCCAAAGAUAGCUUUCUACGCCGGGCUGAAAAAACAACAUGAGGGCUACGAAGUGCUGAAAUUUGACGACGUAGUCACCAACCUUGGCAACCACUACGACCCUACGACGGGGAAAUUCACCUGCUCGAUACCGGGCAUCUACUUCUUCGUUUACCAUGUGCUGAUGCGAGGAGGGGAUGGCACCAGUAUGUGGGCUGAUCUUUGUAAGAACAACCAGGUGCGAGCGAGCGCUAUCGCCCAAGACGCCGAUCAGAACUACGAUUAUGCCAGCAACAGUGUUGUCCUGCAUCUCGAGCCCGGCGAUGAGAUCUACAUCAAGCUGGACGGGGGCAAGGCGCACGGGGGCAACAACAACAAGUACAGCACCUUCUCCGGAUUCAUUGUCUACGCCGAUUAACAGAACACCAUAUAUUCUACAUUAGGCUGUUCACUGCACCUUCAUCUGCUAUUAUUCUCUCCUUUGGAUUGGCUACACCGCUGUCGUUUAGAAGACAUGUGGUUACAGAGAGACAGGGGGAUCUUGACGCAGAAGUGAACAUUAACACGCUUAAAUAGACCUUUCCUUUCGUGCGUAAAACCCCAAAUGAUGCAAUGCCCAGUGAUGAACUUGCAAACGUGGAAACAUGGAAGGAGAUGAGUCAAAGUUGCAUGUGUAUAAACUCAUAUUAUGUACAACAGGUUAAACAGGAAUGGUGUUAAUGCUUCAUUGCUUUUGCCAUUGGGUCAAUUAAUUAAUGUUUCAAAUGGUCUUGUAACGCAUCUCAAUUCAUGUUAGAGUCUAUGGAAUAGGAAAACAUAGGCAACGCAUAUAGGUGAUUAAAAGUGUACUGCAGGAA